CACUCCUCUCUCUCUCUCUCUCUCUCUCUCUCUCUCUCUCUCUCAGCAUGGAAAACACACCUCAGUGCAGACUUUCCUCUUAGACAAACUUCACACAAUUCAAACUCCGGAUUAUGGACUCUUCCACCAACAGUUUGGAUGACGCGUCUGCAGACAGCAGCGCAGAGUUUCCCGACCGAGCGUCCAUGAUGGAGGUCCGUCUGCAGGCUCAGGAGGACGAGAUCACACUGCUCAAGUCCUCAUUGGCUGACGCCCUGCGGCGGAUCCGCCUUCAUGAUCAGCUGCUGCCAAUACUGAAACAGCAGCUCAUCGCAGUGAACCCGGCUGCUGCUCGAGUCCUGAACCAGGUGUGCGGCUCUGAUGGAUGUAACAACAGGAAGCUGUCGUCCAGCUCAGCAGGUGAUGGGAUCAGACUCUCUGCUAACAGUCACGUGUCAGACUUGGUGAGCCCCCCGAACGGACACAUCGGAGGCCCCAAGUCACUGAAACAAAGUAUGGCCACUCAGGAUAGAUCCACACAGACUGACCCCGCCCCCUUGGCUCAGGAACGCGCCCCUCUGUCUAGGCGUCUUCAGAGCCUUAACCUGGAGGACGCCCUCAUUCCUGGAGAGCCGGUACAAGAGGGGACGCGGGCGAAGCUGCACCGUGUGGCAGGCCUGGAGGAGGAGGAUGAGGAGCAGGAGGAAGACGAGGAGGGGGGAGGGGAGUUGAGCUGGACGUCGUCGGUGGAGGAGCCAAUCCAGCCCACGACGAUCAGAGGUCUGCAGAGGGAGGAGUUUCAUGACGGGAGCUGCUCCCCCGAUGACCCGGGCGGCUCCUCCCCCUCCGUCAGAACCCCUGAGCAGAACCUAACCCCCCGACCUGGACCCCUGUGCCCCAUCCAGGAGGGGGAGAAGAAACCGCUGGUUCGGAGGAACAGCGAGAAGCUCGGGAACCCCGAGAAAACAAGGAAGCGUCUGGACAAGAAGGCGGCGUCCUCAGCUAACCUCCUCACCCGCUCGCCCAGCCUGGAGAGUCGAGCCAAAGAGUUGAUCGCUGGUUCAGGGUCCCCUGCGUCCAGGAGAGGAACCUACGGCCAAGGACAGUCGAUUAAAAUGUUCAUCCGCGGCCGGCCCAUCACCAUGUACAUCCCCUCCAACAUCCAGAACUACGAAGAGCUGAAGAUGGAGCCGCCCUCCGAGAGGCUGGAGCUGGACUGGGUCUAUGGUUACCGGGGACGAGACUGUCGUGCUAACCUGUACUUCCUGCCCACGGGAGAGGCCGUCUACUUCAUCGCCUGCGUCGUCGUCCUCUACCACAUCAACAACCGAACGCAGAGACACUACCGGAAACACACAGACUGCGUCCGCUGUCUGACCGUCCAUCCGGACAAAGUGCGAGUGGCGUCAGGUCAGACAGCUGGCGUGGACAAAGACGGCAAGCCUCUGCAGCCUUGUGUUCAUAUCUGGGACUCGGCCACGCUCGUUACGCUGCAGCAGAUUGGUCUGGGAACCUUCCAGAGGGGAGUGGGAUCUGUCGCCUUUUCCUUCACAGACAGCGGAGCGUCUCUGUGUGUGAUCGACGACUCUAAUGAACACAUGCUGUCAGUGUGGGACUGUAACAAGGGGACCAAGAUAGCAGAGGUCAAGAGCACCAAUGAAGCUGUGUUUGAGGUCGAGUUUAAUCCCAGCGAUAGCUCCAACAUCAUCACCUGCGGGAAAUCUCAUGUUUACUUCUGGACACUCAGAGACGGACAGUUCACCAAGAAACAAGGAAUCUUUGGAAAAUACAAGAAGCCGAAGUUCAUCCAGUGUUUUGUGUUCAGUCUGACCGGAGACGUUCUGACCGGAGACUCUGAAGGAAACAUCCUGACGUGGGGAAAGUCGGCUGCAGACAUUAAGACGCUCGGGAAAGGAGCUAAAGAGACGUUUCAGAUCAUGCGUCAGACCCGAGCUCAUGAGGGCAGUGUGUUUACGCUGUGCAACCUGCAGGGCGGCGCUCUGCUCAGCGGAGGAGGAAAAGACCGAAAAAUCAUUCGCUGGAGCGCCGACCUGGCUCCUGAGAGAGAGUGUGAGAUUCCAGAGAAGUACGGGGCGGUUCGUACCAUCGCAGACGUAGAUGGAGAGGAGCUGUUAGUUGGUACGACCAGGAACGCCGUCCUCAGAGGAACCUUCUCAGACGGCUUUGUGGCCAUCGUGCAGGGUCAUGUAGAUGAGAUGUGGGGUCUGGCCACACACCCCUCUCAGAACAUCUUCCUCACCUGUGGUCACGACAGACAGGUGUGUCUGUGGAACACCGAGGAGCAUAAACUGGACUGGAGCAUCAAUCUGGAGGAGUACGGUCUGUGUGCUGGAUUUUGUCCGAAUGGUUCAGUGGUUUCAGUUGGACUCAACUCAGGAAGGUGGCUGGUCCUGGACCUGCUGACCAGAGAGGUGGUGUCUGAGUCCACUGACGGGAACGAGCAGCUGUCCGUCAUGAGAUACUCACCCGACGGCAGCUUCUUAGCCGUGGGCUCUCAUGAUAACUUCAUCUACAUCUACACUGUGACCGAGUUCGGCCGGAGGUACACUCGCUUCGGGAAAUGUAACGGACACUCAAGCUUCAUCACUCACCUGGACUGGUCCAAAGAUGGAAAAUACAUCAUGUCCAAUUCAGGAGACUACGAGAUCCUCUACUGGGACAUCGCAGGGGGCUGUAAACUGCUGAGGAAUCGCUACGAGAGCAAAGACAGAGAGUGGGCGUCUUACACCUGCGUGCUCGGCUUCCACGUCAUGGGUGUGUGGUUGGAGGGCUCAGACGGCACGGACAUCAACGCUCUGUGUCGCUCUCACAGUGAGAGGAUGGUCGCCGUCGCCGAUGAUUUCUGUAAAGUUCAUCUCUUCCACUAUCCCUGUCCUAAACCAAAGGCGCCGAGCCACAAGUACGAGGGCCACGGCAGCCACGUCACCAACGUCUGCUUCACGCACAGCGACUCCCACCUCCUCUCCAUGGGGGGGAAGGACACCUGCAUCCUCCAGUGGAGGGUGUUGGGAGGAGGAGGAGGAGGAGUGGGUGACAGCAGGGAGAGACUUGCUUCAGCCUCGUCCACCUCCACCAGCUCUCCAGAACCGGCAACUGGAUAAACAAAAGGUCGAUCUAGAUCUGAACAGUGAUGGAGGGGGGGGCGUGUUAACUCAGCCUGAGAGGAAGAAGACGAUCCUCUGAGCUGCACCGCUGCGUCAGUUUCAUACAGAACAUGUGGAAGAGUCCUCUCCUCUGAAACCAUGUUGUGAAACUGGACGCUGUGAUUCAGGAUCUCUGUGGUUCUGUCGGGCGUGAGGCGAGGAUGAUCAGAAGUGGCCGUGUGUGUUUGCUGGUACAGAACACGACUCGACUUCUGCAGAAACUUUCUCAUGAACAUUUCUGCGUUUUUUGUUUAUCAACCCACUGCAUUGUGGUGCUUGCCAUCGAGCCUUAAAGACGUUUUCAUGAUGUUUUUACAUUUUAAAGAGUCAUUCUUGUAUUUUUAAAGCUGGGUCCCAAUGUGAAAAACAGGCUGUAACGUCUGCAGUCAUAAAAAGUUCUGUCUCUGAAGGGAUCCUCUCUGUAUUGUUGUAGAAUAACAACAGGAGCCUGACAGGGACAAAAACAACAAGUUCGAGUGGACACACUUUCUGAUGGAUUGAAAGAUGAAAUCUGUAAAAGCUCGUUUCGUGGCUGCAGGCUGAGUCGCUCCACUCAAGCAGUUUAAAAUCAUUUAGUUCCUGUUGUCAUUGGAUGCCAAAAUACAUCAAAAAAUAGAGCCCAGGUUUAAAGUAUUGAAGUGACUCUUCUCAGUGUUUUCUUUAACGUCUCAGCUAAAACUGAAGCUGUCUUAAUAUUCAUUUUUGCAUUAAACAGACUGUGACAAAUCCUUCCAAUGAAAUCGUAUCUUAAUGAACUUUUAUCACAUCAGUACUCCUGGAAAUGAUUACUUUAAUAACGUUUGACAUAUUUAAUAGAAGUUUGGGAAUACUGUGAUGUUGUAUCUGUAAAGCUCCCAAUAAAGAAGUGAAGACUGGAAA